AUGGCUCUUUUUGGUGGUUUGUUCCGUACAUCAGGCAAACGUGCUCCAAGACGCGGCGCGGAUGAAAGUGACUCGCAAAGCGAUGCCAGCGAACAGACCGCCCUCCCACGACGCCAGACCAUAAGGGAUUUCUUCACGCAGACCCAAUCCCCUGGCGCCAAGAAGCCAUCCGAGACCAAGGCCUGGAAUGUCCCACCCGCUCCUAACCAAGCCGGCGCUGCAUCAGCCGUGCCGAAGAACUUAACGAUGGCUCCGGAGCCUGUGUCACGGCAGCGAGUUAUUCCCGGCUGGACUGAUACCGUGAAGGUACCCACCGGCGUGUCCAACCUGCAGCAGCAGCGCGCCCUUGUGGCAGAGCUGCGAGCCAAGGAGAAAAUGACGUUGGCCAACCGUGCGACGGCAGGAACAUCGACAGGCGGCUCACGAAAGGCUGUUGUUGGCACGGACCAAACGGCAAAGGCACAGGAGGCUCUGACGGACACCGAUGAUGCCUCUGGCGCAGGCGCUUACGCCGACGUUCAGCCUGGGGACACUGCUGUAGGCAUCAAAGACAUUUCAGAGCGCGCGACUCCCACAACUUUAAAAAAGCAACAGCAGUGGCAGGAGGAACAGCGGCAGGAGGAACAGCAGCAGGAGCAGCAGCACCAGCGGCUGCUGCACCACAACUUGAGUUUUGGGAGUGAGGCGCAGUCGUCUGGACUAUUGCAAUCGGCGUCCUCGCUAACGGCUUCCCCCGGCUCUGCGGUGUCCACCUCCCCCACGACUCCGGGUCUACAGACCGAGGCCCAGGAGGCGGACCCCGCUGUCGAUUACGACCUGCUCUACAAGGAUGUCGACGAGGCUUACGUAGUGCUGGACAAGCAGACCGGCGGCUUUGCGCGUGUAGAGGAUUUGUACGGACCGGAUCCGGAGUAUGCGGGCUUUCAGGAUGAAGAGGGCAACGUGGCCUACUAUGUCGUUGUGCGCAAAUCGAUGCAGCUGGCUCUGCAGCAGAAAGCACUUCAGAAGCAGCAACAGCAGCAGCAGGCACCGGUGCAACCUGGUCCGUUAUGGGUACUGCAUGAUGCACCAAGCGCGGAGGAGAAGGCGGCGGUUGAAGCUCCUUCAUACGGCGCCGUUUGGGGCGGGAAGGGUGAUGUGGUAGCUGUCGGUGGAGGACUGGAAUCAGGGGCAGCGGGUGUGACGUCGCAAGGAGAAGUCGAUCAGGACGACGAUUUUGAAGACCUGUUAUCGCUGUGCCUGGCGUGA